GAGCUGCACAACUCGGUGAUGUGUUGGAAUGCGCGCGAGCGGCUCGAACUUCGCCGAACAAGUUAGUUUUUGGGAUAUAACUGCGAAAAUAUAGGCAUUUGUAACCGAAAACAGCGCAAAAGAACCGAAGGGACGCACACGCUGAUUGAGCAUGGCUGCUCAGGCAGUGUUUCCGCAGGCCUCAGGCAUUUUUGUGCCAUCUCGUGGCAUUCCAUUGCCUGAAGAUGGCCAUGAACUGACCGAGCUUCCCAGAACGGAUCUUCCUGCGCCUCAGCUGGUGAUGCUGGCUAACGUGGCUCUGACUUCUGAGCCAUCUCCGGGCGAAUUCUCCACAGAGGAGAAGCAGAUGGUGGAGCUUAAGAACGUUGGCUGCAGCAGCUACUCUGACAGCGAGGAUGAGAAUGUGGUCCGCUACAGCUACGAUAACGCCGAGACAUCUGAGAACACGUACCUUGAGGACAACGCCCCGAGCCAGGUGGAAUCUGGACCAGCAGAACAAGUAAUCGAAAAGGUCACUGUCAGUGACAAUGAGACAAGGCCAAAGGACCUCUCAAAACCUUCAGACUCAAGCCCACCUGAGCGCCCAGCUGUUGGGAAGCGUAAACAGAACCAAGUCAUAGUGCCUGCAGCCUCAACAGAGCCACCAAUAAAGAAGAAGAAAAAGCCGUUCUAUUGCAAACCAUGCCAGUUCCAGGCAGAGUGCGAGGAGGAGUUUAUUCACCACAUCCGUACCCACAGCGCUAAGAAGCUAAUUGUUGUGAACAGUAUGGGAGAGUCUGACGAUGAUACAACCAAUGAUACAGCUAAGCAGCAGGUACCAGAAAAUGGCGUGUCAUGCACCAAGGGGGUGAUCCGGUGCGAGCGCUGCGGCUACAACACCAACCGAUAUGACCACUACAUGGCCCACCUUCGACAUCACAAGAAUGAAGGGGAUGAUCAGAGGGUAUUUAAGUGCACCAUCUGCCCCUACUCUACAGUGAGCCAGUACCACUGGAAAAAGCACCUGAGGAACCAUUUUCCCAGCAAGCUUUUCACCUGCAACCAGUGCUCUUAUUUCUCAGACAGAAAAAAUAACUACAUACAGCAUAUUCGCACCCAUACUGGUGAGCGUCCUUUCCAGUGCAUUUACUGUGACUACUCAAGCUCACAAAAGACCCAUCUGACCAGACACAUGAGAACACACUCAGGUGAAAGGCCUUUCAAAUGUGACAGCUGCAGCUACUUGGCAGCCAAUCAACACGAGGUGACCCGCCAUGCCAGGCAGGUCCAUAAUGGGCCCAAGCCGCUAAGCUGCCCCUACUGCCAGUACAAGACGGCUGACCGCAGCAACUUCAAAAAGCACGUGGAGCUUCAUGUUAACCCGCGCCAGUUUUUGUGUCCUGUGUGCAAGUAUGCAGCAUCCAAGAAGUGCAACCUGCAAUAUCACAUCAAGUCCAGGCAUCCGGGAUGCUCAGACAUUUCCAUGGACGUCUCAAAAGUGAGGCUCAGGGUUAAGAAGGCAGAUGGAGAAGAAAGCGCCACUCCUGCGAGUGGUAAGCAGGGUGAAGAGGUGCGGCAGCGGGAUGGGGGAUCGGAGAUGACCUCGGACACAGACUCAUGUGGCCCCAUCAAUCUCUCCAUUAAGAAGAGCAGUAGGCCAAGCUCUGCACAUGCUGCAGGCACAGAGACCACCAAGAAAGCUGCAGAUGUACCCGGGAGAGAAAAAUCUGGGAGAAUUACUCACACCUAUGAGAAACGAGUGGAGAAAAAGGCUGCAGAGAAAAAGACUGCACAGAAAAGCGAAGGAAGAGAAAUGAGUAACAAGAAAGUGAAAAGCAAAGCAGUAGAAAAGACUGACACCACCCAGAAAGAAACCACAAGCUGUGCUGACAAGCAAGAUAGUAAAAAGGAUAAGGAGCUGAAAAAAGUGGGAAAGGCUCCCAAAUCUGUGGAGAAAGUCACUAAGUGUCGCUCCCGAAAAGAGAAGACAGUGAAGGAGACGGUCACCAAAGAUCAGACUGUUACUGAACAGAAGCGAAGACCGGACUUGGAGAAGAGGCAAGAGAACGAGAGGCAAAAGAGAGGAAAUGAGCAGAAGCAGAGAGAGGAAGAUGAGAGUUUGGGGAAAGAAAGCAGCCCACAACUUGAGAAAGAGGGUGAGGAGAGAGAGAGUGAGAACACCAAAGAUUCCAAGAAAGCCCCAUCUAAGAAACCAGCCAAGAAGCAGGCAAGAGUGACAAAGGUUAACCAUGGCGAAAAAACGUUGCAGAGUCAGGAGAUGUCUGAUAACAGCAAGAAAAAAGCAAAGAAACGCAAAGCAGAGAGCACAAAUUCUCCACAGACAGUUUCCUCUGGACAGGAUGGUUCUCCAGAGAAGGUUAAACACAGGAAAGUGAAGGAUGCAGACAAGCCAUCCACAAGUGCCAGUACAAUGCAGCACAAUGCCACCACACCUGCAGUGGUCAAGGUCUCAAAGGGCAAAGGCAAGCAGAGCAGAAAGAGCACAAUGAAUGCGGAGAUUAGCACAGUGGAGUCUGAUGUAUCUAUUCAUGUGCAAAGUGAUUUGGUAGGUGAACAACCAGAAUCUUCACAAGUGGAAGUAUCAGUUCCUGCAGAGCCUGAACAGGAACCUGAGCAGCCAAUCUUGCAACAAGCCCUAGAGAAACCUACCCUAAAGAAACUGCCAGAGAAGCCUACCUUACAAGAACAACAGCUGGAGAGGCCUACCUUACAGCUGCAACGCCUUGAGAGGUCUACCUUACAGCUGCAACGCCUGGAGAGGCCUACCUUACAGCUGCAACGCCUGGAGAAGGCUACCCUGCAGCAAAAGCUGGAGAAGGCUACCCUGCAGCAAAAGCUGGAGAAGGCUACGCUGCAGCAAAAGCUGGAGAAGGCUACGCUGCAGCAACAUCCGGAGAAGCCUACCUUACAGCAGCAACAUCUGGAGAAGCCUACCUUACAACGGCAACAGCUGGAGAAGCCUACCGCACAGCAAAAGCUGGAGAAGCCUACCUUGCAGCGGCAGCAGCUGGAAAAGCCUGCCUUACAGCAAAAGCUUGAGAAGCCUACCUUACAGCAGCAACAGCUGGAGAAGCCUACCUUACAGCAGCAACAGCUGGAGAAGCCUACCUUACAGCAGCAACAGCUGGAGAAGCCUACCUUACAGCAGCAACAGCUGGAGAAGCCUACCGUACAGCAAAAGCUGCCUGCUCUACAGCAACACGUGGAGAAGCCUACUGUACCUCGAGAGCUUGAGAAGUCUACCUUGCAGAGCUGCUCAACAGAGAUUGAUGCCACAGAUCACAGCUCAAUGGAGAAGAAGUGUGUUGCUACUGAAGAGGAACCCAAAAUAAGGGAGAACGUACAAAGCCCAUCAGAAGAACCAUCAUCCGAAGAGGAACUGCCUGAGGCUACAAAAGAGAAGGCCACUGCUGAAGAAAAGAGCAAGGCAAUCAGUGCAGCACAGGGGGCUUCAGAAGUUGAUAUUACGAGUGAUGAGAUCCCAUCCCCCACCGAAAGUGAUGGCGACCCAGGGUUCAGCCAGGAACCAGUGGUCGAAAGCCCAUCUCUGGAACUACCCGGACCAACAUGCUCCAAACCAACAGAUGCCGAGGAUGAUGAAGGCAUCCACAGUCAUGAUGGAGGAAGUGACAUUAGUGACUGUGCCUCUGAGGGAAGUUAUGACUCUGGGCUCAAUGGGUUGGCGAACGCUACGGAGAAACUUCCAGAAACCCCCACCGAAGAGCUUCCUACUCCUACCCAACUCCUCAGUCACACAUGCGUCUUCUGCGACCGCACGUUCCCGCUAGAGAUGGACUACAGGCGGCACCUGAACCGCCACCUUGUGAACGUGUAUUACCUGGAGACUGCAACGCAGGGAGACAAGUGAUGGAUGGGACUUCAUACAGUUUUAACUUUGCAACAUUUGCCAACUUUUUUCUGGUUCAUAACAGUUUAUAAUCAUGUUGUUGUAUCUUCUGAGGAGGGUUUUUAUCAAAUUUGAACCCAUGUAGUAUGUUCUGUGAUUACGUUACAGAACAUAAAACAGUUACGUUGCUUAAAUGUAUUUUUUUCUUCCUGAAAAAAAUGACUGCAUGUUUCGCAGUGUUUUAAUAAUGGUGGUAAAAUACAGUGCAAAAAUGACCUCCCAUAGGUUUCCCUGUAGAAUGAGCCAACAUAGCACUUUUAGAAACUCUAACAUACCGCAAACUCAGUGCUGCAGCAUUGUCCAACGCUUCUGCUGUUAUUUACAUUGUAAAAGGCAAAAUUUGUGCUUCGGCAUUAUAGUAGUCAUUCGUAAUUCACAAGCUGACCAUUUGAACCUGAAACAAGAUGCAGUUCUAUGCCGUGGGUACCAAUGGGAGAGCCUUUUUAGCUGUAAUUUCCUUUAGAACGUCACAAAGCACAUUAUUUCAAAACUCUGUACAUCAUGCAGAAAAUGUGUGUUUUUUUGAGAACAUUGUUCAAGGCAGCCUCAUCUCUGUACCAUCAUCUGUUUAUGCUCGGUUUCAUCAUUUAUUUGUACAGUUAUUUCUGACAUGUGCCCUGCAUUUCAGUAAUUUGUGCUUACUAAUGUAUCACUUUAAAAAUCAUCAACAAAUGACUUAAUCUCUAAGGAGCGUACUGACGUAAUGAUACUUAAAAGAAGAGCCUCCAUCUUUUUGCCCGUCUCAUCACCACACUGCUGCACAAGGGAGGGCUACUGCUGUCCAUCCCCGCAGAGAGUUGAGAUUGAAUGGAGCCAGGUGGUCCGACUCUGAAUAGCACUGAGGAGAACAGAGCUCUUGAGCCUUUUGUACUGCUCCACUCCAGUGGAGAGAGAGAGAAAGAGAGGGAGCGAGUUUGUGAAUACGAGCAUUAACAUUGGUGUGCGUGACCAAAACUGGUCAGUGUCCCUGUAAAAAAAACAACUUAGAGAACUCUCGACAGCCGGCAACGUCUUUGCCCUUUGACUUACUGUAGAACUUUUGUGUACGUUUAUUAAUUUCAUGCAGUAGCUACUUAAUCAUGUAAACAUUUGGGCAGUAACCAAAAUUCUUUAGAAAACAUGUAGGCACAUCUUACAUUGUAUAUUGACUUUCUUGUUGUCCUUUUUUGACUCUCUUCAGUGCUUCAGCUCAAAGAGACUUA